AUGUUCCGAGCAGAGGAGCGGCCGCCAGCGCGCCGCGGGGAGGGGGCGGGAGCGGCACAGGGAGCGGGGCCGCCGCCGAGCCAGCCUCACUUCCCAGGAGUGCGGGGAGACCACAGCCUGCCGGGGGCUGCGAGCGGUGCCGCAGACAGACCUCUUGGCUCCCAGAUGGCCAAUUCGCUCAACGGCCGGAACCCGCGCAAGGGACGGAUCCUGGGCUUCAUCGAUGCCAUUCAGGAUGCUGUGGGCCCCCCCAAGCAGGCAGCUGCCGACCGGAGGACUGUGGAAAAGACCUGGAAGCUUAUGGACAAAGUGGUAAGAUUGUGCCAAAACCCAAAGCUUCAACUCAAAAACAGCCCACCUUACAUACUUGACAUUCUACCUGACACUUACCAACAUUUGCGACUUAUACUGAGCAAAUAUGAUGACAACCAGAAACUUGCACAACUCAGUGAGAACGAAUAUUUUAAAAUCUACAUUGACAGUCUUAUGAAAAAAUCAAAACGGGCUAUAAGACUCUUCAAAGAAGGAAAGGAAAGAAUGUAUGAGGAGCAGUCACAGGACAGGAGAAACUUGACAAAGCUGUCUCUCAUCUUCAGCCACAUGCUAGCAGAAAUCAAGGCUAUUUUUCCAAAUGGCCAGUUCCAGGGUGAUAACUUCCGUAUCACCAAAGCUGAUGCUGCAGAUUUCUGGAGGAAAUUCUUUGGAGAGAAGGCAAGCCUGGACUCCUCACUUGUUUGUGAAAAGCAGCACUUACUUUGGGGGCACUAAGUAAUGCAGCUCAAGAUUAGAGCAUAAAUGAAAAGUAAGUUGUGUUGGAUCUUGGCUUCUGAUGGGUAAACUGCAGCACAAGAUAUAAUUGAUUUCGUCCAUUGCCAUUCUCCAGUGAAUGGGGAACUUUUAAUUUUGUUGGUUACAUUUGUCUGUCUGAGCACUUGCUGUAAAAUUGUGCAGCUGUAAUUAAGUUUAUUCAUCCUGUUAUUAAUAAGUGUCAUAGGAUGCAGUCCUUUUUGUUUUUAAUGCUAGUCAGGUGUAUGUAUGAAGCCAUAUGCAUGGCUUCAAACU